AUGCUCUGGCGUCAAGAACCCCGUGGGUAUGAUCCCAAAGAUUUCCCCAACUACAAGCUUUAUCAGAAUCAUGAGACUGGCUUCCAGCAACUAUUGAAGCAGUGGCCUGCCAUCUUCACAUUUAUCGCAUGGUCUUUCACCUUUUUGUUUUCCAUCCUCACCAUCAUCAACGAGUGGUUCUGGAUGAUCAUUCGCGAUCCUUUUCAAUACGGCAAGGCGAAUGCCUGGAUCAUCAAGCAGUAUCAUGGAUGCCCUACUGUUUUUCAGAUGACCUAUGGAGCUAUCCUCACUGUAUGGUUCUUCAGCAUUUUCUACCGCGUCGUUGUUGCGAUUUGCGACGUUCUACUUUAUACCUACAACGAUCCUGUGUGGGCUUACAAUCAGGUCUUGACUAUCUCAUUCUACGUUGAGGAUAUUUUCUUUAGCGGCAGCACUCUGAUCACUUGUACCAUCUUUAACUUCGCUUACUCUUUCAUCGUACUUCUCCACGACAUGUCGGUCCACUCCCUCAGUGGAGCGAUCGUCUUGCUCAUCGCGGUUGCCCUCUUUCAGUUACACCAUUAUCUUUUCGUUUACAACCCCGAAGCCACAAAAGAAUCCCCUGAGCCGCUCAAAGGAAUUCUCAAGGAUUCAUCAGUGGACACAGUACAGUCCCCAAAGAUGAGCAUGGGGAGCUACCAAGUACCUACACCUCCUACGGGAUCUUCGCUCCAGAGAAUACCAUACGACCCACCAUGGCGAAGCAGCCCAGGACGCUGCUUCCGAGUCCCUACUACACCCUCAACUGGAUCGACUACAUCAUCGUCCCCUGAUCCUACUCCUUUUCGACGACGCCCUAGCCCUAAAUCUAACAAACCUCAUGGAGCCUCAUAUGUCACAGUGCCACCUGCAUCUGUCGAAAAACUCCGUGCUGAUGGCUACGGAGUCCCAGAGCCCACCAGAGAGACAACUUACUCCUGGGACUCACCCACCAGCGACGAACGUCUUGCUCAGCUCCGGCGACGAGCCCAGCUCCGCGUCAGACCCAGCCCUACCAAGUUCAAGGAAGUUGAGCAACACAAGGCUGAGGCUGAAGAAGAGGCUAGAUUUGUCCAUUCUAUCGUCCCUAACAAGACCCAGUGGGUUUAUUCCUCUCUUGAUGUUGUCAAGCGACGAAUGGUAAGCAUUACCGACGAAGUCACAGAGCUCCGCACAAAGGUCGACUCGUUCAACGAAGCAGGCAUCGUUAGACGUAUCCCAGAGCCUUCAGAUGAUCUGGAAGCAUCACCCCGAACCCAGAAGCGCGAAGCCACUCUGACCGAGAGAGAGCGCAUCAAAACCGCCAUGACUCAUUACGUACCCGAGAUCGAGAACGCCGCAAUGGCCAUUCUGAAGCAACAGCAUGGUGUCGAGGAGCUGCUGGCCCGAGUCCAGAAUCUUAUUGCCAAAGCUGGUAAAGCAGGAUGCGCCGUCUCCCGUGCCAUAUUGGGUGAAGUGGAGGACAACAGAGUCAAGGUCAAGAACAUGUUUGGCGAUGCCAGACAGACACUGAUCAAAGCCCGAUCAACCGAAGAGCUUUGCGAAGGUCGUCGCGUGAAGCUGACGGAAGAAGCCAACAGAUUGAAGCGUCUGGAUCGAGCUCACCUGCUCUUGUUGGAGAUCAACGCCAAGAAGCGUGAGAUAGAAAUGCACCGAUCGGUGAUCGCAAUCGAGAGUCGGUAA